AUGGCCGUGGCUCACAUCCCACUCUCCGAGGCAUUAAAUCGCACGAUCCUCGACCCCAUACCAGGCUCGAGGACCGUCUCGCCAGCAACACUACGCGCACCUGCCGGCCUCUCAUCCCCCUUCCGCCCACUCUCACCCGUUUCACGAUGCUCGAGCGCGAGCCCGUCUCCAUCGACUUCGGUUUCGUAUUACUCGGCCCAGUCCGACCUGAAUAGCAUCCCACGGCGCAGACCAGCACCAAUAUCCAUCCCGACUGGCACGGCCGACGACCCUCUCUUCUCUGCCUACCCCAUUAACUCCCAGCAGGCGACAAAGACCCCAGAUGUCCCACCCACACUGCAUUCCGGAACGGCGUUGCCUCGCAAGGCCAUGGAUGAAGAACGCCCGUGGCAGCAUCAUGACAACAGCACAGCCUCCAGUUCCACUCGUAAGGGCCAUGGACGAACAGAAUCGACCAUCAGCCUGUCGCGUCAUCGCUCUACUUCUGCCAUUGGUUUGGUUAAGAAGGCUCAGGAUCGGUUCGCCCAGUUUGGCACUCCCAAGCCUGCGGCCCAGUUCGACAACCGCCGCAGGGCGUCUUUCGACACUGGCGAGAAUGAGAUUGAGCGCUGGCGCGAGAUGGGCGAAGCAGCACAGCUUGAGAACAGCGUGCCAUAUGGCUACUCCAACCAUGACGGCUACACACUACAGUCUGUCAAGAUGGUCUCGGGUGUGCGCCCAUUGUCACCAGCACUCGUACCCCCGCGCAAAUCCAGCCUCGCCAGCACGGAGGAGUCGAUCGUGAGCUUCUCCACGCUGACAAUAUCGAACAAGGACGAGCUGUCCUUCGAUAAGCAACUCGAUGGCUCGUCGGUUGCCGACCGCGCGUCACUUGUGUCGGACACGCUGUCCUCUUCACCCAGCGCGAUGACGAAAUCACUCCCGUCCACAAAGACGUCCCUGUCCCGCAGCGCCCGCAGCGGCCAGGAAGGCGACGUUGACGCAAAGAAGAUCCAGCUCCAGCAAGUGAGCGCAAAGCUCUCAGCCGAAACGACCAAGGUGCUCCUUGACAAGCGUCGCAUGAUCUUGUUGGAGAUUGUGGAGACCGAGGUCACCUACGUCCAUGACCUCCGCUCGUUGGUUCACAUCUACUUGCCGCAGCUGGCUGUUCUCCCGCACGUCUCAGAGCGUAUCCACAGCCUCGUCGUCCGCAACACAACCGACCUCCUCGAGUUCCAUGUUCAGUUUGCUGCACACAUGGUCGACAUUCUCCGGUACUGCGGUAUCGGGUAUGAAACCACGGACGCUGAAACGGUGGACAAGGCCACUAUACGGUUCGCGGAAUUGUUUGUGCGAGAGGUGACGAGCUUCUCACUCUACAAUGAUUAUUGCGCCGGUUCGACUGCUGCUUCUGCGCUGGUUCGCAGCAUUGCCCACCGGUCCGACUACGAGGCGUUCGAGAAGCGCUGCCAGUUCAUCGCGUCUACAUCACCACACCCUACGCUGCGCGACAUUCUGCACCACCGUGUCCCCAAGCCGGCCCGCACGAGACUGCGCUUCAAGGACAUUCUCAUCACCCCGGUCCAGCGUGUGUGUCGCUACCCACUGCUCCUUGCGUCACUGCUCGCCGACGUCAACGUCAACAGGGAUGUGCCACCCACCCCAGUCAUGUCCGCCGUCGAGGCCGCGCAAGCUUCCAUGCGGGCCGUGGCCGAGAAUGCAGAUGACGCGAGGCAGCGCAAGGAGGCCGAGCUCAAGACGAUGAACGUUCUUGACAGGCUAGAACCUCACCCUACUGUCAACUACGACUUUGUCCGUCGCCUCGGUGUCUGUCGGCUCAUUGGCGCGCUCGAUGUGCUUUACCACCACCCCGUGCAUGCCCCACUCGUGCAGCCGCCUGUCAAGGUCAAGUACCUCGCUGCCUUCCUGUACCGGGGCUACCUCAUCCUGGCCAAGAUCAGGCGCGGCAAGACUUUCGAACUCAAGCAUUACCUUCCCCUCGAAGCGUUUGAGCUCAUUGACAUUACAGAAGGCUUUCUUCCCCAUUCCAUACGCCUCACCCUGCGCGAGCAUCACUUCGACCUCGCUGCCACAUGUGACGCUGAGAAGGAGCUCUGGGCCGCCGAGCUGUGCGCUGCCCGUGACGAGAGCUCUGUCCCACCGUUUGAACUUCCCUCGAGCGUGUCCCUGUUUGCACCGCGUGACCGCCACUCGUCGGCCACCAUUUCCGAGGAGGCGACACCAGAGCUUAUCAUGCACGCUCCUCAGAAGCGCCACACCUUGAUGGACAUGGGUACCGCACCCAGCCUCCUCUUCACCCCCGCCCCUAAUUCCGACUCUAGCGCUACACCAACGCCAGAAUACCGCGUUGCCAAACCUUCUACUCUACUUCUCAGGCGCGCGUCGGCAUCCGAAAGGAUUGCGGUCGACCGCGCCCUCGCGGACAUCGUCUCUGAACCUCUUGCCACUGCAAGGAGCAAGGUGCAGCUCUCAUACACGACCAGCUCGGGCUACGACUCCCGCCGCACCUCGAUCCUCGACACCCCCAAGUUGCGCAGGCGACUCAGCUUUGCCGAUUCUCGUACUUCCCUUGACGUGUUCGCGUCAUCCGAGAUUCGUGGCGCCGUGCUCCCUUCCCGUCCAGUCUCCCGCGUCCGCCCUACCACGACCAUUAUCACGGACGGCGGUAUUCCGUUCGACCUGGACAGUGCAGACAUUUCGCGCAACACGUCGUUCUCGUCACUAAGCGACAUGCCGUUGCGAGGCCGCCGCUCGUCCAUCUCCCUGCGCCGUGGAGGACUGAGUGGUCUGGACAUGACGCCCAACGUGACCCCGAUUCGUGGCGAGCGUGGCCACCGCCGCCAGAACUCGUCCAUGACAUCCCUUAGUCGGGAUGAACGGCGGACAGUGGCGCGCGCGAAGUCUAUGCCCUCGUCACCCAUCACGCCUGCUCGCCGACUCACUGAGCCUAUGCCAGAUGACGCAGUCAUCCGUGCAGCUCUUGCAGAGUCGGUGGCCACGGUCAAGAAGCCCGAGCCCAGGAAAGCCGACUCGGCCCCAAACGUCAACACUGGGCACCAGCGUCAGUGGUCGCAGUCGACCGAGGACAGCUUUGUCCUUGUGCCCGAGGUCCUCGCCCCGCAGCCCCAACUUGCAUCCCCGCCAUCACGCGCCUCCGUCCUCUCGACCAGCAGCAUCAAGCGUUCGCUCUCGAUGUUUGGUCGUCGUGGCCCAUCCCUCUCCUCGCUCAGCCCACUCGACGUCGAUGACGGCGAUGACGGCGCCACCAAGUCGAACAACUCCAAUUCGGACUCACGAUCUUCCAUGUGGGGCGGCCUGACGCCCUCCACAUCACUCUCGCGCCUGCCUUCUCGGACGCCAUCUCGGACGCCGUCGCGCACGUCGCGUUCGGUAUCUGCCAACAACCUAUCUGUCCACACCACACCCGAUACCUCGCCCACUACGCCCAAGCGGCGUCGCAGCAUUCGCCUCUUUGGCCAACUCCGUGGAUUCACUCCCAUUUGA